CUUGGCGGCGGCGGCGGCGGCGAUGAGCGGGUCGAACCCCACGGCGGCCGGUGCGGGCCCGUUGGCCCCGGGCAAAGAGGAGAAGAAGAAGUGUGGCGGCGGCGUCCUCAACCGCCUGAAGGCCCGGAGGCAGCUCCACGCCUCCGCGCACGACGAGGGGGGCGGCGGCGGCGGCGGGGGGUCGGAGCCGCAGCGGGUCCCGCCGCUCACCGAGCAGGACCUGCUGGCGCUCGACACCAUCAGCCCCGAGCACGUCCUGCGGCUCGGCCGGGUCACCGACAAUUAUCUAUGCAAGCCCGAAGACAACAUCUACAGUAUUGAUUUUACCCGAUUCAAGAUCCGAGAUCUGGAGACAGGGACGGUCCUUUUUGAGAUUGCCAAGCCUUCUGCCUCAGACCAAGAUGAGGAGGAAGAGGACGAGGAGGAUGGUGGUGAAGUGGACACCAGUGCAGGACGUUUCGUUCGCUAUCAGUUCACUCCAGCAUUUCUCCGUCUCCGGACUGUCGGUGCCACGGUGGAGUUCACCGUGGGAGACAAGCCUGUGUCAAACUUCCGGAUGAUCGAACGGCAUUACUUCCGGGAGCGCUUGCUGAAGAACUUCGAUUUUGAUUUUGGCUUCUGCAUCCCCAGCAGCCGGAACACGUGUGAACACAUCUAUGAAUUCCCUCAGCUCUCCGAGGAUGUCAUCCGUCUGAUGGUCGAGCACCCGUACGAGACCCGCUCCGACAGCUUCUACUUUGUGGACAACAAGCUGAUCAUGCACAACAAGGCAGACUAUGCCUACAACGGGGGCCAGUAGCCACGGCGUUGGGAGCGGAGGGCGACGGGCUGCAGCGACUCGCUCCGGGCACAAGGCACAUUCCCGCCCCACUCCGCAGCUUUUCGCCAGACAGACCUCCGGAGACCCAACCCCAAGAAGGAGAGGCCGGGGUGAUAACUUUUCUUCCACAAUGGGGGAGAGACUUUAAGCAGGGUUAGCCUCCCCAUCCCCAGCGUUCUCUCUUCCCCGCCUCCCGUCUGUCUCUGUUCUUCGAGUCCCUCUAGGUGAAAGGUUAGGAUAAGACCCUUUCAAUCCAGUUAAAGGAGACAUUUGUUUCCAUUUGAGAGUAGCUGUGGCCGAGCGUUUGUGCCGUUCUUUGAUGGUGUCCCCCUCCCUGGCCCCUGCCCUCCGGGGGCGGCGGUCAGCGGACAGGUUGGCUAGCUGUGCCCAGCUGCUGAGAUCCUGGUGGAAGUCUGACAUGGAGGCCUCCCUCUCGGUCAUUCCUGUGCCCUGUGUGAUGCUGCCAUUUUCACAGCCUGUCAGCGGGCUGGUUACUCCCAAAUCUCCUGACCGGAAAGAGGCUGGUUGAGGAGGGUCCCCGAGCCGGGGAAUGCUGCCUAUCAGAGAGGGUCAGCUCCUGAGGCCCGGAGCCAGCACUGCCUUUGCCCGUUUGGGAUCUGAUGAAGACCUGAGGGCGGGGAAACGAGGGUUACGGUCUUCCCGCCGGGAGGGACCCUCCUGCCUCUGUCCCUAGAGCUGAGGAAGGAGCUUUGGGCCCGAGGCUGGCUCGGCUUUCUUUACUUCCCCUAGCUCCUCGAAUGUCAGUUAUGGUGUUGGCGGUAGGUUUGCUUUCUUCCAAGGGGUCUGGAAGGGAAACACAGGCCGGCCCCACUGUGUCUGAUUCCAAAUUUUCCAUGAGAGGUGCUAGAAUCUGACCACGGUGUCCCUGGUUCAUCCGCUUUGAGGCUAGCCUUGCAAAAGAAUCAACCCAGCCUCCGGGGCCUCUCCUGGGCUCCAGGCUGGUAGGAAGCCGGGGGACUAACUGUUUUCAAGGCAAGGGGUGUGUCGGUUUUAAAACCAUGGGACGUGGCCUUGGCAAGGUUGGGGCUUGGUUCCCAGGAUUUGCUACGAUUUGCUGCCAAAGUUUGACUGCAAAAUUUCUGGAGAUGUCUCCUGACCUUCUUUCCUCUACUGAAGUCAUUGCUGGAACUCUUCCUGGCUAUCAAACCAAAGGGCAGGUCUCUGAGCCUUGUCACUCUCGGGCAGAGUGGGGCGAGGGGGCUGAGGCAUUGCUGGGGGAAGGUGGCCCACCAGAGAGGGUGCCAGAGGAUGGGAAGGGCUCCCCUCUCCAGUUGCCCCAGUCCUCAGACUGACUUUCAUCUCUUCGGGUCUCCUUCGGAUGGCUGAAUUUGAUCUUAUUUAAGAUGCUUAGGAGAAUCUUGAUAACUCUGUAAUUAGAAGGUCUCCACUGAUGGCAGUAACUAUAGCAGUGAUUUCAUCAGGGCGAUUGGAGGUGCCAGCAGGAGUCCAGAGGAGGGUGGUAAUUAGAAUUCUAACAUCAGGAAGGGGAGGGAAGCUGUGGUCUAGGGCUGGAGCGGGGAAAGCGUGGCAGAGGGCAGGGCUGGUGAAAAAGGGCUCAGGUGACACCGGUUCCCCUCAGCCCUCCCUCCCACCCACCCACCCCCAAAUUGGACUAUUAGUGCCCGGUGAGGGUAAACCAGUUUUGUCUGUCCUGGAGCUGCCAGUGCUGGGCCUUGUGGCAUUACGGUAGCUUUUCAUCGAGAAGGCCCCAGAAUGGGGCACGGAGUGAGCCAGAGAGGCUAGCUGGUCCCUCCCCUCCAUCCCUCCCUCCCGGGAAACAGGUGAGAAGUCUAGGAGGAGCUGGGGUGGGGUCGGAAUUCAGGUACCUUAAGUGUGAAUUGGUCCCACAUGCUGCUGGGGCAGCAUAGUUGCUGUGGUUUCCUCUUUGACUCUUCCUGGACAGGUUCCAGCCUCUGUCCUGAAACCUCCCAAUACCCACUGUUGCGUUUUCGAGGUGAUGACUCCAGGGCUGUUUGUCAUCUUCCCGAGCCCGUGGCUCCCAGGCUGCCACAACGUCUCUGCUCCCUAAGAGUAGCCACUUCAGGGAGGUUCGGGAGCUUCUCAGACUGCUCGGCCUCCCAGCGGCCUGAGCAGGUGGGGAGAGCUGUCUUCUUUUAGAGGUUCUCUGGGCCUGGGUCUACAGGCGGGGCCCGGAUGGAGCUUGUGGGUGGCUCUCGGCGAUAUGGGUCAACGCAAGUGGCAUUUUUCUCAUUUGGGUCUGGUCAUUGCUCCUCUCCCUACUCCGGGGUUGGUUUUCUCCCCAGGGAGAGAAACGAUGCUCUAGACUCUUCUAGACACUCCAGGACCUUGCCCGGUCCCUACGCACCCCUGAAGUGGUCAGAGACCCCUAUUUGGGCACCCAGCUCUGAGCACCAUCACUCCCACUCGGACUCGAUGGCCGGGGCCAGGUUCACCGUGUGGUCCGGGGAGGGGAAGGAUUGGGCUCUGGGUUUUCGGACUCAGAAAAGAGUUCUCUGGGAUAAGGCGGGAGGGUGAGUUUGAAGUUGAGAAUCAGGGAUUUGGGUCAGGAAAUGAGUCCAAAGCCACCCUGUUUCCUCUGGUAAUCGACCAACACCAAGUUCUUAGGGAGCUGGGCUCUUGCUGGUUCAGGUGCGACAGGGAAGAAGGGAAACGCCUGCCAGAGAAGAGUGCCAGCUGGUGUCCUGGGAGAGCCAGACAGAGCCUCUGAUGUAGCUCCUCAGAAGUGGCACCUACUAGCAAGCAGGCCUUGGCUACCAGGUGGGGCCUUUGGAACCUUUGCCUCCUCCUCUUCCUCUCGUUCCUAUCCUCGUGACAUCCAUUAUCUCGCAACAGAGUGAACACUAGGGCCAGUGUUCCUGCAGAGCUUCUGGGCUGGAGCACCUUGCAGCCUCUCCUAAGAAAAUAGUGAUCGUCUGUUUAUGUAUGACGUUUUGGCGGGGCUAAUUUGAAGGGCAGACAGCUGGGAGGAUUCAGGGGGUUGGGAAUGGUUUGGGAGUGAUUCCCCCCUCUCGCCUCCCGUUCUUACCCCCGCAAUCUCCUCGCUGGAUACCUUGAAGCUGGUGCUCUGGCAGAUUUUCCUAUUUGCAGGGAUCUGUGCCCCCUCGGGCUCCCUUCUGCUUGGCCGGUCUGUGCCAUUGGCGAUGGACACUCAUUCUGACCUGACCCUUUCGGGGAAAGGCACAGCUGCAAGCGUUUACCGCCGGACAAACCUAGCUUGUCGGAACAACGUCUGCUGAGCGGUGGGGGAUGAUACCAUUUUUUAGGCAAUUUGGGAGAUUAGGUGUGCGGAUGGGGUGAGUUCCCCACGCUCCUGGCAAGUUCUCCAGGGCAGUUGUCUGAAUCGAAACUCUUUCUGGAGUCUCUGGAAACCCAGGGUCACCCAAGCAAGGGAUGAAGAAACUCUGCAGAAAUCUCAGAGGCCCCAGGCUCUUCAGAGAUGCUCAGAGAUAACCCUUUGCUGAUGCUGCAGAGCUCUGCUCUCUCCUCCGAGCUCCCUCUCCUGUCCCCUGCCUGUUGUCUCCAUGUUACUUAUUCUCCUGGCUAGAAGAAGGAUCUGGAAAGAUAACGGGAGUUUUGCCCUUGUCUCGCAAUGGUCAUGUAAAGUCACUGAUGUCUUCAAAGUCUAUUUUUUUCCUUGUAAAGCUAUUUUUGUCAGAACAGAAGCAGCAUCGAUGACCUCCCUCCCCGUUCUGCCUCACCUAGGAUCCGUGUUGGGCUGUAUGUAAUGUCUCCGUGUCCAGAGUGAACUAGGUGACCUUAUUUGUAUAAAAUGUUAUUUUGUCACAAAGCAAUAGAAUAAAAAGGAAGGUUUUUUUUCACAUUA